CUCAAAAACACACACACAGAUAAAAUGGCUGCAAAUCUGUUAUCUUGCAAUUAUGAAGAUGAAGAGUUCAUAGAUAUGGAAGUAAGCUCAUCAUCACAUUCAUAUUCAAAUUCAAAUUCAAAUUCAUCAUCAAAAAGCAGAGAAUUUGAGUUUCAAAUGGUUUCUUCCAUUGUUCAAGAUGGAGGAGGAUCAAUGAGCAAUGCCUCCCCUGCUGAUGAGCUCUUUUAUAAGGGAAAACUACUUCCUCUUCACCUUCCUCCUCGCGUACAAAUGGUGAAAUCGCUUCUGCUGAAUGCCGCAUUCAAAGAAGUAGAAGCAGAACAAGAAGAGUUUAUUACCAUCUCUACUCCGAUGAUUCAAUCAUGCAAUAUAUCUCCUUCUGAAUCUUGCAGGGUCAGUACUGAACUAAACCCAGAUGAAUAUUUCUUUGAAUGGUCUACAGAAUUAACAGGAUUCAUCGGUGAUCACCCAAAAAAGUACUACUGUCCAUGGUCCAAGAAGCUCAGGCUAAUCAAGCACUCAUCAAUAACUCAAAAGCUCAGAGCUUCAAGAGCUUAUCUCAAAUCUUUGUUUAAUAAAUCUGGUUGUGGUUCAGAUGGGUCCUCCUGUGACAAACAAGCAGUAGUCGAACAAGAUGGUGAUAAGCAUUUCUUGGGGAAGUACUUGAAAGUGACCAAGAAAAGUGGUUUUGGGCAAAUUCAAACAGGAAAAUACCCAACAUUGGCAAAUGUCUUAAAGGGUAUUGAUGAACAGGGGAAUAAUGAGGAUGCUUUUGAUAGUGGAUGCAGCCACAGGAAGUCAUUUUCAGGGGCAAUUAAGAGAAAGUGUUCACCUUCUUCCACAUCUUCAUCUUCUUCCUCUGCUUCUGCUUCAUCAUCUUCAUCGUCUUCUUUUAAUUAUUCUAAUGGGGUUUAUGAGGUGCAGUUGUUCAAGAGGAAUAGCAGUGCUAAUUCAGAGCUUGAAGGUUCAAUUGAAGCAGCCAUUGAUCACUGUAAGAAAUCCCAACAGGUUUUAAAUUCAAGAAACCCAUUGAAUGAAUCUGUGUUUUUUCCACAUUCUGUUUCAUAA